AUGUUACAAUAUUACACUGGUUACAAGCUAGGUGAUGUCCCCGGUAACCUUCCCGAUCCUUACUAUUGGUGGGAAGCGGGUGCCAUGUUCGGAGCGUUGGUGGAAUACUGGUACUACACGGGAGAUUCGCAAUGGAACGAUAUCACUACCCAAGCUCUGCUGCAUCAGACCGGUUCUGGUAACAACUUCAUGCCCACGAAUCAGUCCCGUACACUAGGAAACGAUGACCAGGCCUUCUGGGGCCUGUCCGCCAUGUCUGCCGCCGAAGUACGAUACCCGAACCCACCAGAAGACCAACCUCAAUGGCUAGCGCUAGCCCAGGCCGUCUUUAAUACCCAGGUUCCGCGGUGGGAUGAACAAAAAUGUGGCGGUGGGUUAAAAUGGCAAAUAUAUUCCUUCAACGGCGGCUUUAACUACAAGAAUACCAUAUCUAACGGAUGUUUCUUCAACCUGGCCGCCCGUCUUGCGGUGUAUACCGGCAAUGAAUCAUAUGCGGCCUGGGCUGAAGACGCUUGGGACUGGAUGUUUGGUGUUGGACUUGCUAGUCGAGACUUCCAUUUCUUUGACGGUACAGACGACACGAAUAACUGCAGUGAGGUCAAUCAUAUCCAAUGGUCAUACAAUGCAGGUGUCAUGUUGCUUGGUGCGGCCAACAUGUACCAUUUUACAGGUCAAACUGACGCUUGGAAAUCUCGUGUGGAGGGGAUCAUCAAGGGUCUAGAUUAUUUCUUCCCCGACGGUAAAAACAUCAUGAGCGAGGUUGCCUGCGAGACCCAGGGCACUUGCAACGUCGACCAGCGCUCUUUCAAAGCCUACCUCUCCCGCUGGAUCGCUGCCACGGUCCAAAUAGCUCCGUUCACUCAUGAUAUGCUCAUGCCCAAGCUGCGCGCCUCUGCUCAAGCUGCCGCUUUACACUGCAAUGGUCCGAACAAUGCCUGCGGGCUACGAUGGACUCAAGGCGCUGACUACGAUGAGAGUACGGGAGUUGGGGAACAAAUGGCCGCGAUGGAAAUUUUUCAAACGAAUCUGGUCGACUCCGCGAAGAAGCGCGUUACUGCAGACCACGGCGGCAUCAGUAAGGGUGAUCCUGAUGCGGGCACGGAAAAAGACGACGAUGCGUAUAUUGGAGUCCUUGAUGAUCCGAUUACCACCACUGACCGGGCGGGAGCUUGGAUUCUCACAAUCUUGGUUAUUCUUGUGACAUUUGCUGGCGUUUAUUUCAUGGCUACAUAA